UUAUCAAGUGUUUAUCAUUUUAUUAUACCAAAUUAUACAUCACCAGAGAAUUUCCAGUUCCUACUAAGAAGUUGAUUGAAUGUUGAAUAACUUUUGUCCCUCACUUACUGAACGAGUUGUUAUUGUCACGUGCCAGUGUUUGUGCAAAUUGAAGGACAUUCAUAAUCUGACGUUGUAUCUACGUCAGUCCACGAGCCUCCACAAUUUUUAUUAUUCGCGAAUUAACUAUCAAACAUUCGAGGUGAAAUUGUGAAUUAUCAGAAGUUUUAUGGUUAAGAGUGGUUGUGAACUAAAAAUAGUGAUUCUUUAUAACACAUUUUGCAAUAUUGUUUAUUGUUACGUCAGGCCAAGACAGUUGAAGUGAUUUGAAAAUAACAAUCAAAAUAACUGGAUUUCUACUUUGUGAACAGUACUAGAAAAACAAAAAUAUUGGAUAUUGUCAAGUCAUGAUAAACCAGUACAGCAUGGUAGACUAAAAUCGAAUAAUUGUAGGACACUCAGUGUUGUGAACUUUUAUAUAAUCAAUUUUUGUGCAAACUAGCUCAUUGUCAAAUUAAAAAGAGCUCUUCAACAAUGAGUGAUUUUGGCAAGGAUUUCUUUUUGGAUCCUGGGAUUACGAUUAAAGAAGAACCUCUCUAUAACGACAACACGACCAUGAAUAUGUCAGCCAGUGUCCCCAUUCCUUCAAGGAGAGAUGCUGGAGACUAUCGGGACUUCGGCUUGGAUUUUGAGAAUUCGCAGAGCCCAUUGUACUCCGAUGUAGGUUUAAACGCUCAGAUGCAGGCCCCUAACAGCAUGUUCGAUGGAGGUUCAUGGUCACUGAACAGAUUGAUCAACAGUGAUGAAAUGCUCAAGUCUGAAGCAUUCAUACACAUGGACGAAGAUGAUAUUUUUCAAGUGGAUAAAGCUGAUCUGAUACAAGGACCCACUCUGGCUGAGUUGAAUGCUAACGAUGAAAACUUAUUAGGUAAAAAUGGUGAUUUAAAUUUCGACGACUUGCUGCUUCCUGAAGAAAAUACAUAUAUCAUUCUGGAAAAAGGUAAUGCUCAGAAUAUGUCUCACCAUCUCAAUAAUAAUCCUCUAUCGUCUUGCCUUCCUCAAGGUCUACUUUACCACAGGGAUCUGGAGUUACCCUCAAGUGUGCCUACGGGUAACUUCGACUACUAUAAAUACAAAACUCCUGUUUCGGCUUUUUCACCGGAAAGCCAAAACAGUUCUAGUUCCUCAUUGGUACACUCUCUCUCAUCUCCAUCGAAUGUGUCAGCUUUUCCGAAAAAACACAGCACUUUACAAGAACUCCUAGUCAAUAAAGAUCCGUAUGGGUCACCAGAGAGGUCUACUUUAGGCCAGUCUUUUCCCGAAAGAAAUACAAUGGUUCCUGGACAGAGCAUGAAAAUGGCAAGGACGUCGAGUUCCAGAUUAUCUUCAUCGGCACCUACCCAUUUAGGACUCGAACAAAUAUGGCAGCGACGGGAACCCCGUAAACACUUAUUGUCAACUAGUUCCUUGGUAGAAGCAGAGUCUGCUUCUUCUUUAUCGACCGGAGGGUUACUAAGUCCCGAUCCACCAGAUUUAUCCCAGGAUGAAGAGUCUGACGACGAUAGCGAUGCCCAUUAUGAAGAUUUUUCUUCUGAUAAUGAUUCUGAUGAUGAUGAAGAUCGGCAAACCAAACAUUCGAAUAGAAAGGAACGCUUUUUCUGGCAGUACAACGUUCAAGCCAAAGGCCCGAAAGGACAACGCUUAGUGAUGAAAACGAAAAUGGAAGAUCCACAUCAUCUCCAUGAAAUUACAGAUCCUGUUUUUAGCCCUGACUGUUCGGUAAGAGGCAUCAAACAUAGCGGAAAGGCUAGAAAAGGUGAUGGGAAUGAUUUAACGCCAAACGCACGAAAACUCUUUGUCAUUGGCAGAGAGCUAGACAAGUUAGGCAGAAUAAUUAAUGAUAUGACGCCCGUCAGCGAAUUACCUUUUAAUGUACGACCUACGUCGAGAAAGGAGAAGAAUAAGCUCGCAUCUAGAGCUUGCAGACUGAAGAAGAAGGCACAACAUGAAGCUAACAAAAUUAAGCUUAGUGGUUUGGAGUAUGAGCAUAAAAAGCUCCUUAACAGUAUUGGACACGCGAGACUCCUCUUGAAUGCAAAACUAUCCGAACAGGCCCAAGAAAGACAAGAAGAGUUCACGAAUAAUAUGGAAAGACUGUACAGAAAUUCUUCUAAGAUAAAAAUAGCUGGCCAUACAACGGACUAUGUCAACAAAGUUCUGGAGAAAUUCAAAAGUAAUGCACACACUAGUACCAACGCUAGUACUACUCACGUUUCAGACGAUUGAUAGGCUUAAAAUAAUAUAAAAACCUGUUAACCAAAUCUCAUUGUGCAUUUUCUGUGGUAACUACUUUGUGGUAUAAUAUGUAAUGGAAACGUUUUCUAUUCUAAGUUGUAAAAUGCAUGUUAGUGAUAUUGAUAGUUUAUUUUUCAUGCCCAUACUUACAGUAUUGCCUUUGCGCAAAACUAUGACGAUUUUUCCCACUGAUUUGAUUGCACGUUAUUUACCAUCAGUUCCAUUUUAUGUCGUCACAAGUAUCCAACGUUGCCUAACCUUUCGAAUGUUAGUGGAUUUAAAGAAAUUUAAAAAUUAUGAAAAAGUAAGGUUAUGUCAGGACUGCUGGUUGGAAACUGACGAUAAAAUAUUGUUUUGAAAUCAAGAAUAAUAUAAGCUUUAAUUUGGAAAAGAAUGUUGGUAUAGAAUUUUUAUUAAAUGUUCAUAAUAGCCUUGAUAUCUCUAUAAUUAUAUAAGUCUUACUACUCUUAGCAGUUAAUAAGGCAUACCAUACGUAGAUUCUCGCUAGAAUAGUUUGUUAAUUAAGAUAUUAUUAUUAAGAACUCUUUACAAAGAAUAUUUAAUUAGUUUGUUAUUUUGUACGUAAAUGCACACGAUAUAGACCACUCCAGGGUGACGUCAUUUGACAGCGUCUGAGGGGCAAACAUCAUUUGUAAACAAUGUACGUUUAGUGCAGAAAACCAUUGUUUAAUUUUAAAAUAUUAAAAUCCCAGCGUUUUGUUUAGUUGUAAAGUGUUCCAGUAGAGGUGAAAAAGAUAAAGUGAGUUUUUUAGAAUACCUGCCGCAUUUAAAGAUUGAGGAGACGUUUUAAAUGCACUGUCAAAAGAACUACGAGAGUUGUGGGUUCAAGCUCUAAAAAGGGGCCCUUUGUCCGAACGUUUUUUGAAGCAUGUGAGAAUAUGUUCCAUACAUUUUAUAAAAGGUUAGGAUACAAAAUUGUAGUAAAUAACCCUAAGAACGAUUUUCUGAUUCAUCAUCUUCCAGCCUUCUGCAUCCAAAGUUGAACAUAGGCCUCCUCUAAUUUUUUCCAGUUCUGUCGGUCUGGGGCUCCCUGUAACCAAUUCCCAGCAACCCUUUUGACGUCGUCUGUCCAUCAUGUAGGUGGUCUACCUCUACUUCCUCUCACUGCCCGUGGUCACCACACUGUAAUUUUUUGGGUCCUCCUCCCGUCCUUCAUUCUGGCUGCAUAGCCCGCCCAAUUUCACUUCAGGCAUGCUAUUCGCUCUGUCAAAAAUACUAUAGACUGUAAUACAUACAACUCUUGACAUUUCCCAUUAGUUUUGAGGAAGCAAAAAAUAGCGCCAUCUAGCGGUAUGAGUAGGAUAACCAGAGCAAUCUAACCUUACAUUUAUAAAAUUGCUUUAUUAUUGUUUUUGUAUAAGUGUUUGAACUAUUUUUAUUUUAAUUUAAUUUGCAAAAUUAGCUCGUUAUUCAAAAAUUUAUAAAAUUAAAUUUGAAUGUUUAUGUUAAAUUUUACGUUGUCAAAACGUAGUUCAACUCAAGCCGACAGUGGUGCUAGUGGCAACGUGCUUCCAGAUUUCUGUGGGAGUUGGAUGUAUUACAGUCAAUAGUAUUUGGCUCUAUGACAUAUGUGACACUCCUUCUGAUUUCCUCGUAUCUAACCCUGUCUCUGAGAGUCGGUCCAAGUAGUGACCGUUCCAUUCUUCUUUGGACCACUCUAAGUUUGGUUGCUGUGGCCUGGGUUAACGAUACUGUUUCGGCGCCGUAAGUCAUGACUGGAAGAACACAUUGGUCGAAUGUCUUCUUUUUCAGGUAAUUUGGCAUGUUGCUCUUGAAGAUGUCUGGUAGAGCUCCAUAUGCGGCCCAUGCUAAGGUGAUUCUUCUUUGUAGUUCGGCAGUUUGAUUGUUCCUGGUAAUUUGGAUUUCAUGCCCUAAUAUACGGAGAGACACCGCUGAAAAAUCUCUUUGAAUUUACUAAAGCUAAAUUUUUCACAGUUGAUUACUGUGAUUGUGUAGAGAACAUACUGCGGUCGGUCAAGCGAAACGUAGAACAGGGGUUACUGAGAGGGUAUCGAAAGUUGCUUACCUACGAAGGUAAUUAAAUCCAUUUACUAAGGCUGAAAAUCAGUACACACAUUCUAAAUUAAAUAUAAAUAAAAGUUAUUAUAGUCGGUCAGCUGUAUGACGGGACAGAGCCGGUCGGUCGGCCCCAAUGAAUGUACAGGGUUAUUCACUAUAUUUUGACCCCCUUGUAAACUGCUUUAUUUACAGAAUUAGAAAAAAAUGUAGAAUACAAAAGUUAUUUGAUUUUUAAAUUACGAUUUUUUGACGAUAUAUAUCGUACUAGUGACGUCAUCCAUCUGGACGUGAUGACGUAAUCGAUUAUUUUUUUAAAUGGGAAUAGGGGUCGAGUGCUAGCUGAUUUGAAAGGAUAUUCAAUUCCCUAUUCCGUAAUAUAAACAUUAACAUGAUUGAUUAUACAGGGUGUCCAAAAUUUUUUUUUAAUUAAUUAUUAAUUAAACAAUUAAUUUAAUUUAAAAAAAAUUUUUGGACACCCUGUAUAAUUAAUCAUGUUAAUGUUUAUAUUACUCAAUAGGGAAUUUAAUAACCUUUCAAAUGAGCUAGCACUCGACCCCUAUUCCCAUUUAAAAAAUAGUCGAUUACGUCAUCACGCCCAAAUGGAUAACGUCACUAGUACGAUAUAUAUGUCAAAAAAUCAUAAUUUAAAAAUCGAAUAACUUUUGUAUUUUACAUUUUUUUCUAAUUCUGUAAAUAAAGCAGUUUACAAGGGGGUCAAAAUAUAGUGAAUAACCCAGUACAUUCACUGGGGCCGACCGACCGGCGCUGUCCCGUCAUACAGUUGACCGACUAUAAUAACUUUUAUUUAUAUUUAAUUUAGAAUGUGUGUACUGAUUUUCAGCCUUAGUAAAUGGAUUUAAUUACCUUCGUAGGAAAGCAACUUUGAUACCCUCUUAGUAACCUCUGUUCUACGUUUCGCUUGACCGACCGCAGUCUGUUUCUCUACACAAUCACAGUAAUCAACUGUGAAAAAUCUAGCUUUAGUAAAUUCAAAGAGAUUUUUCAGCGCUGCCUCUUGGACUAUAAGUAUUUAUAUUUAUGGACUAAUGCUAUUUCAUUUGGUUUGCUAUUUCGCUAUGUAAGUCGACUUUUGGAUUUGUGCUUGGUACCAGGUUUGUCAUUUAUUGUCUUUCCAAAAUUUAUGUUUAAACCAACUUUCUUACAGGCGGACUCUAACGCAGUAAGCAUAGUUUUAAUCUCUUUUAAGUUGUCUGUUAUAAUAACUAUGUCGUCUGCGAAUCGCAGGUGGGAGAGCCUUUCGCCGUCGACAUUUAUUCCUUUGGUGUCCCACGCUCAUAUUCUCAUUAUACUGGAGUUUUACAUCCCCUGUGAGAGUGUCAUAAUAUCCAAUAUUUGACAUUUUUGCAGUUAAAACCACAGAUUUUUAAUAAUAAAAUGAGGAAAAAGCAAAAAGAACAUUGAAAAUACGUAAACAACAAUGAAAACUUCAAAGCAGUGUUUGCUUGUCCCUCAUCGAUGGGGAUGUCACAGUAUAUAGAGGGGCAGUAGAACAUAGUCGCGCGUGGCGACCGCGCAAUGUUCCCAGUCGCUUUUGCCCCACUCUCGCAUUGCUAGUCGCAUAGAAACGUACGGGUUUUAACAGGGAAAACCCGCAUCCACCACUGGUGAAUUACCAAUUGCGUACUGCGGGUAUUGUGCCGACAUGGAAGAGGUUUUACUGUCCCUCUUUAUACUGUGGCGAUGUUGUCAAAGUCACGUGACCUGGAAUAGUCAAUAAAACGGAAAGCCUAAUGUCAGACGUACCAUUAUCUAUAAGUAAAAAUCACUUAACUUUAUUGCAUAUUAUUAGUAACAAUUGUAUUAGUCCAACAUAAACAAUAAUUUUAAUUUUACCUAUAAAUAAUCAUAGUAUAUUUUGAAUAUUUAUUUAUGUAUCUUCUGAUUAUCGAUUUAGGCAAAUUAUAAUAGUUGGUACUUCUAUGACGACAUAGUUUUAUCACUGAUGUAGUGAAAUGGAGUUGGUAGGAAGAAUGAAAUACUGUAUGUAAUCUAUAUUGUAUAGAACUUUGUAUUAAUUUGUAUAUUAUAUUUUAUUUUUAGACUAGCUUAAAUGGUGUUAUUUCUUUUAUUAAAUGUGUUUUGUGCCAUAAACAUGAUUAAUAUUACGAGAAGGUAAACGAUCUUACUUUUAACAUAAGGAUAUUUUCAUUGUUUUCAACAUGGAGUAAAAUUUGAUAGUUUAUGUAAUAGACCUUGGGACCACCCAUAAAAAAUAAUACCUCCCUCAUGAGACUGUUCAUGUCGUUCGGGGGGGGGGGGUGUUUCGUAAAUAUACUCUAAUAUAAUCUUAUAUAAGCUGCCACUCUGGGAGCUAAGGGUAGUAGUCUGUCAGGUUCUUUUCAAUGUUAGCAAUGCAGCUAAGUGAGAAUAAAACAUCCUUACUCAACGAACACCAAAUUUAUUCUGAUCUAUCAUUGUAUUAUUUUUGACAAUCAAGGUGGGUUAUUGCAAUCACAUGUGGAUUAUUGCUUAUGUAGCACCCGUGGCUCAAGAAUAUAAGAAUAUUUAGAAAAACAAUGAUACAUUGUCUUACUCGAUAUUUCACAAUCUUGACCCAGUUCAAUAUUAUAUUAUUUAAUAUUAAUUAAUCUUCUGAUACUUAUAAAAAUCUUAAUCUCUCUUAUUACAGCACCUUAAAAAGUACCUAUAGUAACCUUAAAAAGUUGUCAUGCAAUGUUACCAGUAUAUUGUAAGUAUUUAUGUCAAACAAUCCUGCGAAAUGACUCCUGAAUUUAUGACUCCAUAGUGCGCCUCCCAUGCAUCAUAGAGUCAUAAAAUUUAUACCCUUACAGCUGAUUUUUUAAGGAUUGUUUGAUAAAAAUAUUUACAAGUAUGUAACUGGUAAUAUUGUCCGACGAAUUUUUAAGAGUGCUCCAGUUGUCGGACGCACCAAUGUUUAGAAACCUCUAUAUUUACAAAACGCCCCCUCCCGAAAAUUUUCUGAAAUAGAAAAAUUAUCCGACUCGACAUGAAUAACUGAAUAAAAAAGUCUCAUGGGGAGGUAAUAUUUUCUGUAAGUGUGGGCCCAAGACCUAUAAGUGUUUAUUAGGAACAUGCGAUAUUUUUGAAACAUUUUUGUUACAAACUUUUCAAAAUUGUUGAGAUAUUUUGUUUUCGAUUACAUUUUUUUAAAUCAU